GUAUAAUAUUCCGCCGUGACGUUAGUCUUUCCGGGCGCCUGUUUCCUCCUCUUUCGUGUCGGCCAUUACCCCGAGUAGUAGGUUGCAGUGUGACAUCAAGGUUACAAUAUGCAGAACGACGCUGGUGAAUUUGUGGACUUGUACGUCCCACGUAAAUGCUCUGCCAGCAACAGAAUUAUUGGGGCAACUGACCAUGCUUCUAUCCAGAUGAAUGUAGCUGAGCUUGAAAAGACCACUGGUAGAUUCACUGGCCAGUUCAAAACUUAUGCUAUUUGCGGGGCUAUUCGCAGGAUGGGUGAAUCAGAUGACUCCAUCCUCAGACUGGCAAAAAAUGAUGGCGUUGUUUCAAAGAACUUCUAAGAAAUGGCAUAUGUGACAAUUGGAUUCUUAGGGGAAAAAAAAUAAAAAUAAAGAAAUUAAAAAAA